CUACAUUGAAUCGAUCGGACGUGAGACAAACUAUCCGCCUCUUGUCGCUGUUGUCUCUUGUGGUGUGCGGUGAAAGGCAGCCAAGAAGGACUAAAAUGGCGCUUACUUCUCAAGGAACAAAGAAAAAAGUUUGCUACUACUAUGAUGGUGAUGUUGGAAAUUAUUACUAUGGUCAAGGCCAUCCCAUGAAGCCCCACCGGAUCCGCAUGACACACAACCUGUUGCUCAACUAUGGCCUCUACAGAAAGAUGGAGAUAUAUCGUCCACACAAAGCCAGCGGAGAGGAGAUGACCAAGUAUCACAGUGAUGAUUACAUUAAGUUCCUGCGUUCCAUCCGGCCAGACAACAUGUCAGAGUACAGCAAACAGAUGCAGAGAUUUAAUGUGGGGGAAGAUUGUCCAGUGUUUGAUGGUUUAUUCGAGUUCUGCCAGCUCUCAGGAGGGGGCUCCGUUGCUGGUGCUGUGAAGUUGAACAAACAGCAGACAGACAUAGCUAUUAACUGGGCUGGAGGCCUGCAUCACGCCAAGAAGUCUGAGGCCUCUGGAUUUUGCUAUGUCAAUGACAUCGUAUUGGCUAUUCUGGAGUUACUGAAAUACCACCAGAGAGUUCUGUACAUUGAUAUCGACAUCCAUCAUGGAGACGGUGUAGAGGAGGCCUUCUACACCACUGACCGUGUCAUGACAGUUUCCUUCCACAAGUAUGGAGAGUACUUCCCUGGCACUGGUGACCUGAGGGAUAUUGGUGCUGGGAAGGGUAAAUACUACGCUGUGAAUUACCCACUGAGGGAUGGGAUUGACGAUGAGUCAUAUGAAGCCAUAUUCAAGCCUAUCAUGGCCAAGGUGAUGGAGAUGUACCAGCCCAGCGCAGUGGUUCUGCAGUGUGGAGCUGAUUCCCUGUCAGGAGACAGACUUGGCUGUUUUAAUCUCACCAUUAAAGGCCAUGCCAAGUGUGUGGAGUACAUGAAAAGCUUCAACCUGCCGCUACUAAUGCUGGGUGGAGGAGGCUACACCAUCCGCAAUGUGGCGCGCUGCUGGACCUACGAGACUGCUGUAGCUCUUGAUACCUCCAUCCCCAACGAGCUCCCAUACAACGACUACUUUGAGUACUUUGGACCAGACUUCAAGCUGCACAUCAGCCCGUCCAACAUGACCAACCAGAACACCAACGACUACCUGGAGAAGAUCAAGCAACGUCUGUUUGAGAAUUUGCGUAUGCUGCCACAUGCCCCAGGAGUGCAGAUGCAGGCCAUCCCAGAAGAUGCCAUACAGGAGGACAGUGGAGACGAGGAGGAGGACGACCCCAACAAACGCAUCUCCAUCCGUGCUCACGACAAGAGGAUAGCCUGUGAGGAGGAGUUCUCUGACUCAGAGGAUGAAGGCGAAGGAGGCCGCAGAAACGCAGCCAGCUUCAAGAAAGCCAAGCGAGCCAAGACUGAAGGAGAGAAAGAGGGAGAAGAAAAGGAGAAGAAAGGUGAGGAGGAAAAGAAAGUAAAAGAAGAAGAAAAGGUGCCGGAAGAGGAGAAAAUGGACACAUCAAAGCCAAAAGAGGAGUCCAAGACACCUUGAGGUCCUCAGUGCCCCUUGACGCCAAUGCAACUGAAAAGAACAGAUCUUAAAGCAGGUUUUUUUUUUGUUUUUUUUGUUUUUUUGGAUGAAUCGUCUUUCCAGGCUGCUGCUGUGGAACGGACUAUACAUUUGUAAUGAGGGAUCCUUACCUUUCAGAAUGGGAUGGGGAUCUAACCAUGUUUUUUCUAGGACACCUUUACAAUAUUACUGUUUAUGGACUGAAGUCAAAUUGAGUGUUUUUUGAGUAUUGUUUUUGUAUUCUUUCUCAUAUUUGUCCUGAACCUUUUUAUGCUAUGACACAACUCUGUAAAAAUGGCUUAGUACUUGUAUGUUUUUAUAUAUCUGAUGGAUUUAAUUUAUUUAAAUCAUAGAUAUUUUGGCUACUCCGUUUUACGUCUUUCAGCCCCACUUUUGUCCUGUGCCUUUUUGAAUAUGUAGUCAAAGCAUGUUUGUAUAAUAGAUCCUUUUCUGUAAUACAUUUGUGUCACUGGUCUUGCCUGCUAAAGUCACCAAGAAUGGUUAAGAGGGUUGUAUACACCUGAAUACUUCUUACAUGGCACAGUGUGAGUAAAUUACAGUCUUAUAUUUUAGGUUAUGAUUUAGUAUGUGUAUUUUAUUGACAUCAAAUUUCUGCAACUUCUGCCUCACAAUAUUGAAAACAUUGAGUCCUGUCAAGUGGUGACAGAUGUCAGGUUUAGAUUCCUCUGAAAUUUGGACUUGAAUGUUCAAAACUGAAGGCAAGGCGAACGUCAGAUUUAAUUUGUUGUAUAUAUUUGUAUUUUGCAAACAUGAGGAAAAGUGUUGACGCUUUCAACACCAAUAAAAACCAUAAAAUAUUA